CACCCAUUCAAUCCUUCGGUCACGUGUGUGUUGAUAGGUAUGUCAGACAGUCCACCCAACAUGCACACGCACAUGCAGGUACGUGCACUCUCGUGCACAAGGCCUUACUUAGCACCACCACAUGUCUGUCACACACCGAUCCAUCCAUCCGUCUACCAACACGUCGGUUCAACCACCCCCCACCCACUCACUCUUUCAGCUACAGGCAUGCAUUCACUCAUGCCGUCGCCUGCUGCGCCUCCCCCUCUCCCUCGCCCCCUCCCCCUCCCCGCCGCGGCGACGGCCUCCUCAGCCGCGGAGACAUAAUAGUCUCCUCACCACCGGCGCGCUGCUGCAACUGCAAAAUCGACAUUCGCCGCCUGCCCGCUCUGGUCUGCAUCAUAGCAGCCACGGACAGCCGCCGUCUCGCGUCCACAACCGCCGCAUUGUCGGGCGGCUGCCCUCGAGCAGACAGAGGCGCACACAGUGUCACGGGGGAGGCCUCUCUGUCUCUGUCUCUGCUGCUGCUGCGUAGCCUUGCGAAAGUGCCGGCCAGUUGGUUUGACCCGUCGUCGGACCACCUGCGCUCCUGGGGCUGCUGGGGCGCAUCACCACCAUCGGUGUUUGUGGGGAGUGGUGGGUCCAGGUGUGAGUCGCUGUUGUGCUUCUCCCACCACCCUGGGUAGAGGGCUUGGAAGAGAUCGUGCUCGAACUCAUGCUGCAGCCACAGAGAGGGACAGAAACGGAGACAGAGAGGGAGGGACAGAGAGGGACAGAGAGAAACGCAUGGAAUGUGGGCCGAGGAUCUGUAUGUGAAUGUGUGUGCCUCUCUCUUCUCACACACUUGGAAGAGGAAGAAAGAGUCCGCCGAGCCUUCGGUGUCGUAGGAUUUGAAGGGCCGCCAAGGAGCCUGCCUGUUCACACCAGCCGCAGCAGGUGACCCAACUCCCCCGCUGUCCUUCCCCCUCUCGACAGGCAGCUUCAGCCGCGAGAUGACAGACACUUCUGUCCCGUCAGGCCGCUCACUCUCAUCCCCAGACGACCACAGAUCUUCGCUGGUGUUGACUUUCUUCACCUGAGGCUCCGGGGCUUUCCUCCUUUUGCUGGCGGUGUCUCUGCUGUCGCCGGGAGAGUCGGGUACCAUUGUCGGGGUCUUGGGUGUCUUGGCCACCCUCCCCUUGACGACCAUUUUCCUCUUCUGAGGAGGGGUGAGCAUCGUGGUACUGGAUGGGGACCACCCCGGCAUUCCCAGUCGCUGUGCGUGGAUGUCACUGUAUCUGAUGCCGCCAUUCUUCUGGGUGCUCACCGACCGCUGCGUGACGCUGGAGCCACCCUCCGACCCAUCCACUGCACGGCCACACUUGGGAGGCGGCGGGGGCGGGAGAGAAGGGGGAUAGACGAAAUACCUCACUGUCGAUGCUGCCUGCUGUAGCUGCAGCUGCUGUUGCAGUGGCGUGACGUCCCAGCUGACGAGCAGGUCCUCUGCAGGGGCUGUUGCUGCAAUAGCUGGGUGGGAUGGGCGCGGCGGGAAGAAUAGCUUCGAGGAGGGCUGCUGCGGGCGAGAUGACCGCCAGUACAUGCGAUGGUGCGACGAUGAGGUGUCCGUCGCUCCGCCCAGGUCGGGCUCGAUGGUGUCUCCCCUGUCUGUCGACUCCUGGCCAACUUCGACAGCAGCAGACAAAGCGAGCCGCGGGCUGGAUGCCUUCGAUGGAUGAGGAUGUUCCUCGCGCAAUGGUCGGCAAGGGGGGCGAGAGGAAGCGAAAACGUCGGAUGUCGGCCGAUAGCUCCUCAGCUGAUGCUCCCACAUGCUGGGGUGCACAUGGCCGGCAGCCAUUCCCUCCGCCCUUGUCCCCUGCCUCUGUCUCUGUCUUUGUCUCUGCCCGGCCGUCAUCACUUGCUGUGUCGCCACAUAGACGGGCAGCCGCACACAGGGGGCCGGCGGCUCUCUGGGAGGAAUGGGCGAGGGCAUGCUCCUUGCAGCGAAGACCGGAUCUACACCGUGGCGCGCCGGCGAGUAAAAGGGGCUGAACUGCCGCUCGAUGUAGGUCGUUGCGGUGCCUGUCCCCUCACCACCCCCACCACCCCCACCACCACCAACACCACCAGAACCAACAGGUUGAUGCGAUCGAUGAGGAAGGGACGCAUUAUUUUCCUCUGCGAUUGUCCUCCUUCUUGGUGAAGGCUCCUGGUCGAACAGGAGGCGGCACUGGCCGUACUGAGAAUUGGGGCGCGGCUGUGGCUGUGGGCUUAGAGAAGUCUCGUAGUUCUUCUGGACGGAUUGGCUCUGUUUGUGUCUGAGGGCGGCUUGUGUGAGUUGGAUGAGGUACUGCAGCAGGUGGUCCUUCCGCUGCAGCAGCGCCUUCUUCCGAGCCACCAGGAGGUCACUGUUUGUCAGACACAGAGAAACAGACGGAUACGCACAGACAGCAAUCACACACACGGUCACACUCGGCUCACUCUCUGUGUACCUCUGAACACGGCGAGACGCCGCACUCACAGGCAGCAGUGCUGUGGUCGGCCUCAUGUGUCCGCCCCUUCCCCUAGGACCUUUGCCCGUCCCUCUCCCUCUCCCUGUCCCUCUCCCUCUCCCUGUCCCUGUCCCUGUCCCUCUCCCUCUCUCAUUGCCGCGGAAAUACAGGUCGCUCUCCUCAAACAAAGGCCUCCCAGACGCGCAGCAAUGCAGCCGCCCAUACUCCUCAUAGCCAUAAACGGCAUGCUCACCCCCCACUUCGGCAGCAGCAGCUGGAUCGCCGCCACUGUAACGUCGUUUCUGUAUGUGUGUGAGGUGUGAGAGCAGCUUGGUGAGCUCUGAUGAGAGCUCUGUGGCCCUGGGGGAGGUCUGGAUGGUCUUGUCCUCUGCUGGCGGUGACAGAGGGGGAGGGGGAGGGGGGAGGGAGGGGGGCAGGGCUGCUGCUAGGGGCAGGAUGGGUGAAGGGUCGGUGUCGUCGGUGGCGUAGAAGUGCUGGAACUUGGCCACCAGGCCGACUAGACGGUCAUUCAGCUCUCUGAUAAGGUAGGUAACACGGACACAGUGGUGUGUGUGUGUGUGUGUGUUGGCUAACACGAGGUCGUUAAGGUGCAGCUGCAGGACCGUGUUGUCCUCGAGCAGCUGAUGCUCGUCUUCACGGGCCGCCUGCAGACAGACACAAUGAGAGAAUAUCGGCUCUCAUGUAUUGUGUGAGGGUGCGUGUGCGUGUGCGUGUGCGUGUGGCUGCUUACUUGCAGCGCUUCAGUCCAAUCUCUUUCGCUGGACAGAUAGCUAUUCUGCCACCAACACACAGACACACAGACACACAUUGGCUCAUGUCCCCUCCCCUACGUGUGUGUACUGGACCGGACCCACCUGUUGGUCGAUGAACUGCAUGGUAAGCUGGUGGUUGGCCUUGUGGGCCUCCAGCAGCCACGACACUGAUAAUAAUCCACAUACAGUGCAAACAGACACAGACAGACAUGCCCAUUCAAUCAACAUGGCUGCGGUGUCUCUCCCCCCCUUGUCUCUCUCCGGCUCACACAGUUGCUGUGGGUUGACGUCGGUCAAGGCACCGUCACCUUCCCAUCUUUCUCUCACUCCAGUACCACCAGCAACAGUCUCUCCCUCUCUUGCCCCCUCCCUCUCCCUCUCCCUCCCCCUCUCGGCAGACACCGACGCCGCAUUAACAGCAACAGCCCCACUGCCGUGUCUCUCCCGUGUGGUGCUGGGGGGCUUUUUCUGAGCUGCAUGAGCGUGCCGAGCUUUGGCGGCCGGCUGGCGGCCGUCCUGUGGGGGUGCCUGUGCCUGAGGAGGUGUGACGGUGAGUCUGUAAGGUUUUGCGCGUGGCAGGGAGGGGCCUGGGGCUGCUGCCUUGGUUACUGUUGCUGGUGGGGGACUGGCAACAGUGUCGGCGGAUUGUUUGUCGUGUUGCGGCUCACGAUGGUCGGUUGGCUCGUGUGCCGCGUGUGCCUCGGUCAGCCUUGUUGUCAUGGGCACUUCGGAUUCCUCCUCAUCCCCCAACCGGGCCUCUUCAUCUGCUGCUGUGUGUUCUGGGCGCUCACUAACCGCCUGAGGCAGACUCUGGGGCUCCGUGGCGCUUCUGGGCAGUGGGGCCUUCUCUUGCCGGGCGUCUCCCCCUCCCGCUCUAAAGCUGUAGCUCCUUCUGCCGUCCUCUCGCCGCUGGAAUGCCGCCCUGAAGUCCGGGUAGCGGAUGUAAGGAAGCGGCUCGUGGUCGCCGGCCGGCGGGGCGAACAGUGGGGCAUGAUGCUCGUCGUGUUCACCACUGUGGAUGGGGAUGGUUUCCGACGGGAGGGAGGAGGCCACGCUGCCGCUGGUCGCUGGAGCAUCCUCCUGCUGGUGCUGCUGCUGCUGCUGGUGCUGCUGAGGCUCGUCGGGGAGAGCCAGCUGCAGGUCUGACUCUGACAUCAUGAUUGCUGCUGGAGUGUGCCUACAGGAAACACAGACGCGCGCACAAGAAUGCCAUGGGUCUGGGCAGGUGAGGCCUCACCUUUUUAGGUGUCGAGAAACGCGAUGAUAAGCGGAGCCUAG